GGGUGGAAUCCCAUGACGUUACCGGCUCCGCCUCUCUGUGUAUAUAAGGGGCGCUUGGCGCGCAACGACCCCAAGCCGCAGCUUUGAAGCCUGAGUAGCUGAACUCAGCAGCUCCAACCUAACUCGGCUUAAGUCAGAGUCUCCGAAUCCGUUCCGAGAUUCUUGACUCCCUAGGCUUGCAACAGCUCUCUGAUCCUCUUCAAUUCCAGCUAGAAUGCUGUGGCGAGCACUUCGCAGAUUUGGUCAAAAGCUGGUACGCAGACGUACACUGGAGCCAGGCAUGGCUGAGACUCGCCUUGCCAGAUGCCUGAGCACUCUGGAUUUAGUGGCCCUAGGUGUGGGCAGCACAUUGGGCGCAGGAGUGUAUGUCCUGGCUGGCGAGGUGGCCAAAGAUAAAGCAGGACCGUCCAUUGUGAUCUGCUUUUUGGUGGCUGCCCUGUCUUCUGUGUUGGCUGGGCUGUGCUAUGCGGAGUUUGGUGCUCGGGUUCCCCGAUCUGGUUCCGCAUAUCUCUACAGUUAUGUCACUGUGGGUGAACUCUGGGCCUUCACCACUGGCUGGAACCUCAUCCUCUCCUAUGUCAUAGGUACAGCCAGUGUGGCCCGGGCCUGGAGCUCUGCUUUUGACAACUUGAUUGGGAACCACAUCUCUCAGACUCUGAAAGGGACCAUCUCACUCCAUGUGCCCCAAGUCCUAGCAGAAUAUCCAGACUUCUUUGCUAUGGGCCUUGUGUUGCUGCUCACUGGUGAGACUAGGGGAUUGCUAGCCUUGGGGGCUAGUGAGUCGGCCCUGGUUACCAAAGUGUUCACAGGGGUGAACCUUUUAGUUCUUGGUUUUAUCAUCAUCUCUGGAUUCAUUAAGGGGGACCUGCACAACUGGAAGCUCACAGAAGAAGACUACAAAUUGGCUAUGGCUGGACUCAAUGACACUUCUAGCUUUGGACUUCUAGGAUCUGGAGGAUUUGUGCCUUUUGGCUUCCAGGGGAUUCUCCGUGGAGCAGCUACCUGCUUCUAUGCAUUUGUUGGUUUCGACUGUAUUGCUACCACUGGGGAAGAGGCUAAGAAUCCCCAGCGUGCCAUCCCUCUGGGUAUUGUGAUCUCACUCUUCGUCUGCUUUUUGGCGUAUUUUGGUGUCUCUUCAGCACUCACCCUCAUGAUGCCUUACUACCAGCUUCAGCCUGAGAGCCCUUUGCCUGAGGCAUUUCUCUAUAGUGGAUGGUCCCCUGCCCGCUAUGUUGUGGCUGUUGGCUCCCUCUGUGCUCUUUCUACCAGCCUCUUGGGCUCUAUGUUCCCCAUGCCCCGGGUGAUCUACGCGAUGGCAGAAGAUGGUCUCCUGUUCCAUGUUCUUGCCCGAGUCCACACUGGCACACACACACCCAUCAUUGCCACUGUAGUCUCUGGCAUUAUUGCAGCAUUCAUGGCAUUCCUCUUUGAACUCACUGAUCUUGUGGACCUUAUGUCAAUUGGGACCCUGCUUGCUUACUCCCUGGUAUCCAUUUGUGUUCUAAUCCUCAGGUAUCAGCCUCAGAAGGAGAUGAAAAUUGAAGAGGAAGUGGAGUUGCAGGAGAAGAUAUCUGAAGCAGGGAAGCUGACCCUACAGGGACUAUUUUGCCCGCUCAACUCUAUUCCCACUCCACUUUCUGGCCAAGUUGUCUAUGUUUGUGCCUCACUGCUUGCUCUACUAUUGACUGUUCUUUGCCUGGUGCUGACCCAGUGGCAAAUUCCACUGGCUUCUGGAGACCCAGUGUGGAUUACAGUGGUUGUGUUGCUCCUGAUGCUCAUUACUGGAAUCACUUGGGUCAUAUGGAGACAGCCACAGAGCUCCACUCCUCUUCACUUUAAGGUGCCUGCUGUGCCUCUCCUCCCACUAAUGAGCAUCUUUGUGAAUAUUUACCUUAUGAUGCAGAUGACAGCUGGUACCUGGGCCCGAUUUGGGGUCUGGAUGCUGAUUGGGUUUUUUAUCUACUUUGGCUAUGGAAUCCAGCACAGCCAGGAAGAGGUUAAGAGUGGUCAACUCUCCUCCAAGUCUAGGGCCAAAAAUAUAGAACUUGAUCUCAGCAAUCUCUGUGCCCACUCAAUUUGAUGACAUCACAGCUGAAUCCUGUAUGGUCCCCCCACAAAAUAAUGGAGAGUACUUUUGAUUCCAGGGAAAGCUAGUCCUCCCAUGUGAUAUUGGUAUGGGGAUACUAAUAGAGCUCUCUAUUUAUUGUGGAGUACAGGACAUGUCUUUGCUGUUUUAGGCCUACUUUAUUUUUUACUUGUCUACUCUUAAAGGCCCUCUGUAGCUUCUA